CCGACUACGACGUGGCGGCCGUCGGCGAAGACAGCGAGAAGGGCCAUGUUCUCGUUGCUUCCGACGUCCCUGCUUGCACUCCUCUACGCCGCUCCAGCUUUCGCGGCGCCGCAGACUCCUAAUGACGCCUUCCACGCUCUAGCUGUUCACGCGCCCAAGCCGCCUGAAGAGCCGGUAUGCUGUCUCAGACCCUUGCCGCCCCUCGAGCCUCCAGCCGAAGAGGACACCUUGCUCUCAUUUGAGGAUUGGAAAGCGAAGCAGCUAGGGGAACAGGUCCAUCCGCCCCCUGUGCACAGGCCUCCAGAAAAUCUCUCCGACUCCACGGCUGUCGUCCCUCCAGACUCGUCGCAUCCCUCCUCCACGCAGACGCAGCAGCCCGUGCAGGUCGACGUGCAGGAGCAUGGUUCACCCCAGGAACGUGUCGCGCCGCAGAUGCGCAUCCCCCUCACGGACCGGUUCAACUACGCCUCGCUGGACUGCUCCGCGCGCGUGCACGCCGCGCACAAGUCCUCAAAGUCCGCGUCGUCCAUCCUGUCGUCGAAGAAGGACAGGUAUAUGCUCAGCCCCUGCGAGGAGAAGAGGCAGUUCGUGAUCGUGGAGCUGUGCGACGACAUCCGGAUCGACACCGUGCAGCUCGCGAACUACGAGUUCUUCAGCGGGGUGUUCAAGGACUUCUCGGUGAGCGUCGCGAAGCAGUACACGACCGACCCGAAAGAGUGGGUGCCGGCGGGGACGUACCGCGCGAAGAACGUGCGAGGCGUGCAGUCUUUCCACCCUCCUGCUACGCUGCGCGACUUUUACCGCGUAAUCCGGAUCGACUUCCACUCGCACUAUGGGAGCGAGUACUACUGCCCGCUCUCCCUCCUGCGAGUGUACGGUCUGACCCAGCUUGAGGAGUGGCAGUGGGAGACGUGGGAGGCGGAGAGCCGCGCGAAGCGGUCAGUGGAAGAGGCGAGUCCUCUUGUCGAGGUCGUCGCGGAGCCUCCCAAGCCUGUACACGUCCCGCUUCCCGAGUCCGCUGCCGAGAACGUCAGUCACGUUGCGCCGCCCUCCGACGCCGCUGCCGGUGAAAGAACGGCGGUCACCGUAUCGCCGGCUGGACACAUACCUGUUACCGCGAACAUCCCCAGCUCUCUCCAGCACAUCCUCACUAAACCAUCUUUCGCUACGGACGUUAUCUCACCGCAACAAGCAGACGCUUCAUCGUCUCCAAAUACAGAGCACCAAGACGUUUCCCAUGAAUCAUCACGACUCAGCUCCGACCCCGUGUACCAUACGCCUGUAUCAUUAUCCUCAACAUCGACUUCGACGCACGCUCACUCAACGGCUUCUGACAACCACUCAUCGGCAACAACAUCCAUAUUCAUUGACCUCACGGACUCGGGCUCGGCCUCGCAUUCUACCUCAUCCUCUUCUUCCUCAUCAUCCGCAUCUUCUCGGUCAUCUGUCGUAACGACAGACGGGUCUUCUUCCCUUGCUACGCUGUCUCCGUCUUAUAUUCCUCCUCCUGCUCCUGUUUCGACGGGAGGAGAGUCUAUCUACCGGACUAUCAUGAACCGGCUCACUGCGCUGGAAGCGAAAACUACGCUCUAUACGCGAUACGUUGAGGAGCAGACCACUGGGAUGCGGGAUGUCCUGAGGCGGCUGACCGAGGAUCUCGGCCGUCUAGAGGGCAUUGGCAAAGCGCAAGCUCAAUUGUAUCAGCGUUCUGUCGUCGAGCUCGAGAAGCAGACCCGGCGGCUAGAAGACGAGCAGCGCGAGCUUGUCCACCGAGUCAACUACCUGACCGACGAGGUCAUUCUGGAGAAACGCCUCGGUAUCGCACAGUUGUGCCUUCUCUUGAUAGUCCUUAUCUUCAUGGCUCUUACCCGGGGUUCGAGAGGCGAGUACGCCCCCCCUCCUGGGACCCGUGCGUCUGUGCGCGACUGGGGCCGAAGAACCCUCAGCUUCAGCGGAGAUCUGGUCAAUCGAUUGCGCGCACGGAGCUCGACGCCUCCGCGACCAAUACCAGAUACCCUCCAUAAACCUACAACGACUCACGCUCGGCUGAUGCCCACAGAGAACGAGAUCGCCUUCCCAAGUAUACGCCUAGGAGACGAACAGUCACGCCCUCGGCGGUCUCACGCGGCAGGGUCCAGUCGGAAGGGCAGCAGCGUACGCCCACAUACGCCCACCGCCCUCCGGACUCCCACCAACCGCCACUUUGCUCACCACCGUGUGCCCGCCUCUCCUGGGUUUCUUAGCGGGGUCCGCCCGGGAAUUCAGCGCUCGAACUCGGGCAGCAUGACGCAUGGCUUUGGAGGCGUUGGGCCGGUGCCGAAGUCGGCGAAACGGUGGGCGAGGAGCGCGCACUUGCACGAAGUCAAGACGGCUUCGGCUUCGCCGAGAGGGCAGGCGGCGGAUGGGGAGGCUACGCCAAUUCCAUCGACGGAUGCCACUCCAGGCGCAGAUGCGGAAGGCUCUGAUGUGAACGUACUGCUCGCCCCACCUCUUAUUGAGAGGUCGGAGACGGUGAGGAAGGGCAAGGGCAAGGCUCCGAUGGUCAGGCAUCCGUCUCCGCUGCGUCCUCUCAUUGUCAAUCUGUCCUCGCCGUUACUACGGCCGGCCGCGCUGAGCGGCGAAGGGAGCGAAGGCGAGGGGUGGGUGGACACGGACGUGAGCGGAUCGGAGUGCGACGUCGUCAUGACGGUCAACGUGCAUUUUCAGGAUGCCGAGUUCGAUGCCCUUCGGCUCGCGUUCGUCGCGCAGGGAGACGAGGAGGCGGUCGUGAGCCGCAAGAUGGUUGAGGCGGUGGCAACGUGCGCGGCGUACAACAUGGUCAGCCGUUUCCUCGUUGCGCUUGAUGUGGACGACCGGGCCGAUGUGCCCUGCCCUGUGCCGUCGCUGUGAGUGGCUGGAAGUUUGGGAGUGUCGACGAUGUUCUAUCCCUGUGGUGAACUGCUUGGACAGUGCCAACUCACCGGGCCCCAGCGCAUCGUUGCCGACGGGGUAAUGACGAGUCUCAUGCAGGACGUUGGUGGAGGUGGGGUAGGUGCAAUAAAUCGACCGCAGCCGUCUAUGCAAUUUCCAGAGUGAAUGG